UAUUCGGUACGGAAUCGACCAAUCAGCUCCGUAGCCCAUCUGGUGCAUUCUGGUACCCAGUCACCCACGCAAGCGUUUACGACCAGACGUGACAACCAACUGGAUCGUGGCUUAGGCUUAUCCUCAGAUGCCUCGGACGAUCAGCAAUCCGCUACUUGGCGAAAUACAGCGUGCUAG